AUGGCUCAGAUGAUGACCGAAUUGGGGUUGGUGUUGAAGCAUAUAAGCGGAGGUGCCGAAAAAGUAAAUGAUGUGAAUUAUUUUACUAGAAACCCACCACCACCAGUUGAGGAAUGCUACUAUAAAGAGGAUGUGUAUUUGGUGAAUGAUCAGACGGGGGGUUUUCGAGCCAAUACCCAAGUGUCGAUCAAGCAACUUGAGCAGCAGAUGAAUAAGUUGUCCACUAUAGUAAACCUACGUCAGCCUGGCACACAUCCUAGUAACACCAUCCAAAAUCCAAAGAAUGAUUGGCAUUAUAUGGCAGUCACUACUCGAGGGGGUAAGCACACCAUUGAACCACCUAUGCCGUCUGAGGUUGAAAUUGUGGUUCAGAAAGAUGAUGAUGAGAUUGAGGUUACUGGAGAGUCCAAGAAUGCUACAGAGAAGGAAGCGAAAAUAACCCAAAAAGAUGUUCCCAUGCCUAGACCUCCACCAUUCCCACAGAGGUUGGUGAAGAAGAAUGAAGAAGGAAAGUACCGCAGGUUUAUCACUAUGUUGAAACAACUUUCCAUCAAUGUUCCAUUGAUACAAGCUUUGGAGCAAAUGCCUGGGUAUGCUAAAUUCAUGAAAAAUUUGGUGACUAAGAAGAGGGCCAUGAUUUUUGAAGAUGAUGAUAGGUUGCAACAUAGUAGUGCUAUUGCUACUCGGUUACUUGUGCAGAAGAAAGAGGAUCCUGAUGCCUUCACUAUUCCAUAUACCAUCAGGUUGUUGCGUAUUUCUAAGGCAUUAUGUGAUUUGGGUGCUAGCAUUAAUCUGAUGCCAUUGUCUAUUUACAAGAAGUUGGGUUUAGGGGCUCUAAUACCGACUGCGAUGCGAUUGCUCAUGGCCGAUAAAACUGUGAAGAGGCACAUUGGUGUUCUCCAAGAUGUGCUUGUGAAAGUGUAG